GAGACUGUAGUCAAUCUUUAGCCAGUCUUUUUCUUACAGAGAGCAAAGGUUUGUCUCUGUCUGAGCUGGACACACACUGUUACACAGCACUCAAGGGUAACAGAGAUCAUGUCCGGGAGACAGAUGUGUGUGGUGUGGGUCGCAGCGCUUCUGAUGAGCUCAGGUGUGAUCGCACAGCAGGUGGACAUGAGCAACACAUCCCUGACAGAGAUUCCUGAAGACACACCUACAAACAUCACCAGAUGGAUCCUGAGCAACAACUCACUUGUGAUGUCUGCCGCGGAUAUAAACACCUUACAGAAACAUCUCAGGAUUACCAUGCUAGACCUUUCUUAUAACCACAUACAGACGCUGUCUCCUGGAGCCUUUGACAGUCUCACAAACCUUGAGAUUCUUAAACUGAGGGGAAAUAGACUGCAAACCCUUGACAAAGACAUCUUUAAAGGAGUGAGAAAUCUGAAGAGUUUGGAUCUGAAGGAGAACCCAUGGAUGUGCUCCUGCUCGCUCACGAGCCUCGUCAAAGAGCUGAACGACUCCGGCGUAUUAAUAGGGAAAGAAGUCAUUUGUUACAGUCCUCAGAAAACAGCUGUGCUUGACGGAAACACUUCCUGCUCAAUUCAAGCCACAACCAUCAAAACCUCUGUGGAGACAUCUACAGCUACCACAUUGAACCCCCGAUCAACCCCAACACCAGCGGCACCCAUCGAGCCCAGCAACAGCCGAGGGCUGACGGCGAGGGAUGGAGAGACACACACAGGAAGUCACAGCUGGAAGUUCCUGCUCGGCGUCGUGGCUCUCACCCUCAGCACUUCCAUCCUCAUCGUCUGUGCGGUCAAAUCUCCCUCGUGGUACAAGCUUCUGUUUAAUUACCGGCACCAGAGGCUCCGUGAGGACGUGGAGCACAGCGUCUUCAACACCGGACGCUUUUCUAACUUCAGUCUGGACACCGAGCAGACGGACACGAGCGUUCAGGAGCUGGACGAGGACCUGGACACUGGACUGAGCUUGCAGCCAUUUCAGGAGGAUGAUGAUGGCUUUAUAGAGGACGGCUACAUUGAGCCGGGAAACUACAGAGAACACGCGGAUGCGGACGAGUCAUGAGAGAGAUCUGAGCAGGAGGAGGACAGACGGGUGCAAGAGUGAAGCUACGAGGAUCUGUUUAUUCCAGAGUAGAGGUGCAAUACGACAGAGUCAUUAAAAUAUGAAAAUCAAAGAUCACUGAACUGCAACUGCAUGAAUCUAAGCAUGUUAAAAAGUUGUGUGCAAAUGCUGUCACUGCACAUUAUCACAACGUAAUGCAAAUGUUUUUUAUGCAUGCAAUACUUUGUCCCUAAUAUCCUUAAAAAUUCCAGGAUGUUAAUUGAUUGUAUUUAGUUUCUCUGCGACAUGUAAAAUCAUUUAAAAAGAAGCUCUGGCACGAUUGAGCUGAAAAGCAGUCGUACUCGUAUGGAGAUGGAGAAACUGCUGCCCUCUUGUGCACAAACUCUGACCAACCUUUACUUGUGAGGAAACGACAGCACUUACUCUCUUCUCUCGGUGAAUAUCACGUCCAUACUCUGAGCUUCUCUGUCAUUCUGCGCUUUCAGCUAAUGAGACAAACACACAAUAAACUGAUUAGGAACAUGAGAAGAGCAAAGAGGAAGAUGCUGCUGUGUAAAUGAUGUCGUCUCACCAUGAUGAUGUCAUUCAUCACUUCAUCCAUCUCAGUGUUUGUGUUCAGCUUGUCAACCAGCUGUAAUUAAAGGAUCAGAUCAUUUAAAUAAUUAUAUUAUGCAUCACAGAAUCUAACACCUGGAUUUAAAAUAAAGAGACUUGCAGCACUGAUUUAGAUUAGUGUACCAUGUUGUAAUCCGCCAGUUUCCCCUGAAGAUCUCUGAUUUCUCCAGCUAGAACUUCUGCUCUGUUCACAGAAAACAGUUUCAAAACAUCACAUUAAUAACUGCAUCGUGAUGUCAUCAACGCUAGACCACUGAACAGAGGACCGAAACAAAGGAAAUCCAUCAAAUAUAAUCAAAAUAUAUCAAAAUAAAAGGUAAAACACAUUUAAAUAUACUAUAGUAUACUGUAGUUUAAAGACAUUAUGUAACAUUAAUAAUAUUAAUAUUAAUUAUAAUAUUACAGAAGAUUUAUAUUUCAAAUAAACAACAUUCUUCAAACUCUCUGUCCUGAAAAAGGAAACUCUAUCAAGGCUUCCAAACAUUUUCAAUGUUGAUACUGAUCAUAAUAAAAAAAUAUUGCUUGUAAAAUAUAUUAAAACAGAUAACCGUUAUUUUAAAUUGUAACAAUAGUGUUUUUGAUUAUCUGCUAUAUAAAGAUGAUUUGACAUUA